AUGCCCUCUCAUUUGUACAAGUUUGUACUUCCAAAGGCGAAAACAGUCGAUGGGCUUCCAGAGUAUGUUAAUUGGACGAAAGAAGAAGUCGCCGAUUUUGUCGAGAAAAUUGGAUUUCCAGAUUACAGGCCCUGUUUCGAGCUCAACAAUCUGUCCGGCCGCCAACUAGCCUACAUCACCGCUUCAAAUCUUCCUAAGAUCGGAAUUCACAAGUUUGAAGACAUCAAGCGCCUGAUGCAAGCAUUCCGAAGUCUGACGGGCGACGAGUACCCGAACUAUCACGUUUCAAUCUCGGAGAACAAGAACUCGGAUCUGGUGGAGACUUGGACGAGGAAAGCGCGCUCGGGACCGGCCGCGGAUGCGGUCAGAAUUGAAGAUGUUACGAGAGAGAGGGUGCACCAAGGAACGCAUAAGAUUCCACUGCGGAGAGCAAAUUUUCUGAUCGUGGUUUGCAUUUUGAUCAUUAUAAUAAGCCUUGUUAAUAUCAUCGCUUUCGGAACAACAUUUUGUUCAAAUACUCUCACUGGACUCUAUUGGAUACUUGUUGGCUUAAAUUUUAAGUCUAUUCCAUCGGCGAAUAUCAAUUCUCUCUACGAUCUCAAACUGUCUCUUUCUUACAUCUCACUCUUCAGUAUAACAGGUUUCUAUGAAGUGAAGAAUCCAAACGUACCAGCCAAUAACAGCUCACUUCAGGUGAAAAAAUACAAGAAAACGCACGUGGUCGGCCCUUUAACAAAUAUCAUCCUCUUCCUCGUUUUUCAAGUACAAGAUGAUACGCCCACGAAGUUGUUCGAAUCAUACAAGCUGGAUUAUUUGGCAAUUAGCUUUUAUAUAGCUGAAUGCGUUCUGAUGCUACUGGAAUGUCUCGCUUUUUAUUUGAUUUUUCUUGCCUUGAAGGAUUUCGAAAGAAUCAAAACUAUUGCCGGGUGGCGAUCACCAACAUGGCUUAGCGGGGAUCUCAGGAUAAUCGAAAAUCAAGGAGAACAAUCCCAAAACAAUCAAGCAUUUCAGAUCUGA